UAACAUGUGGUAUCAUUGUGUUUGUUGCUAUUACUAGGUAUGGUCAGAUGACUGCAGGAAGCUACUGCUACAUUGGGCCUCAGGGAAUAGUCCAUGGGACUGUGCUCACAGUGCUCAAUGCAGGCCGUCGCUACUUGAAGGCAGAAGACCUGUCUGGAAAGGUGUUUGUUACUUCUGGUCUUGGAGGGAUGAGUGGGGCUCAAGCAAAGGCUGCAGUCAUUGCUGGGUGUGUGGGGAUCAUUGCAGAGGUUGAUGAAGCAGCACUUCUGAAACGUCACAAGCAGGGAUGGCUGAUGGAAAUCUCUAACAACCUGGACCAUUGCAUUGCUCGCCUUAGAGACGCAAGAAAGAAUAAAAUUGCCCUUAGUUUGGGUUACCAUGGGAAUGUGGUAGAUCUAUGGGAGAGGCUAGUAUAUGAGCUGGACACAACAGGAGAGCUGCUAGUUGAUCUGGGGUCUGACCAAACUUCGUGUCAUAACCCAUUCAGUGGGGGAUACUAUCCGGUACAGCUUGGCUUUGAGGAAGCAAAGCAGCUCCUUUCCACCAAUCUGGGGAAGUUCCGGACCCUGGUACAAGAGAGUCUGAAGAGACAUGUGGCUGCUAUUAACAGACUAGCUGAUAAGGGCAUGUUUUUUUGGGAUUAUGGCAAUGCUUUUCUCUUGGAAGCUCAAAGGGCUGGUGCUGAUGUUGAGAAAAGAGGAGCCAAUAAAACAGAAUUUCGAUAUCCUUCCUACGUUCAGGACAUCAUGGGGGACAUUUUUUCCCUGGGAUUUGGGCCAUUCCGCUGGGUUUGUACCUCAGGUGACCCACUGGAUCUUGCUACCACUGACUCAAUUGCCAUGUCUGUGCUGGAAGACUCUAUACGUCAGGGAGUGAGCACAUCUGUGAAGCAGCAGUACCAUGACAACAUCCGCUGGAUUCGGGAAGCUGGCAGGCACAGCUUGGUUGUUGGCUCUCAAGCUAGAAUCUUAUAUUCUGAUCAGAGGGGUCGUGUGUCUAUAGCUGUGGCUAUUAAUCGAGCGAUUUCUGAAGGAAGGAUUAAGGCUCCAGUAGUCCUCAGCCGAGAUCACCAUGAUGUGAGUGGGACCGACAGUCCUUACAGAGAAACGUCAAACAUUUAUGAUGGAUCAGCCUUUUGUGCAGACAUGGCGGUACAAAAUUUUGUAGGAGAUGCAUUCAGAGGAGCGACCUGGGUCGCAUUACACAACGGUGGUGGAGUUGGCUGGGGUGAAGUGAUCAAUGGGGGAUUUGGCCUGGUUUUGGAUGGGUCCACAGAGGCUGAAGAACGGGCUAAGAUGAUGCUCAGCUGGGAUGUUUCCAAUGGAGUCGCCAGACGCUGCUGGUCGGGUAAUGACUAUGCUUAUGAAAGGAUCUGCCAAGCAAUGAAAGAGAAUGCCACAUUAAAGGUGACUCUCCCUCACAAGGUGGUGGAUGAGAACAUCUUGGAGCAAGCCCUGAAACAUUAG